AUUCUUCUGAUGGGAUCUACUGUUCCACUCUGCUCAGCACAGUGGGAACGGAUGUUUAAUACCUCCCGUAUCCCAGGAGAGGAAUCAGAUACUCUCCAGCAUGUGAAAGACAGCAAACACAUCGUUGUGUAUCAUAAGGGCCGUUACUUCAAAGUGUGGCUGUACCACGAUGGGAGGCUGCUGAAACCCCGCGAGAUUGAACAGCAGAUGCAAAGAAUUCUUGAUGAUGAUUCCGAGCCUCAGGCUGGUGAAGAGAAACUAGCAGCUCUUACUGCAGGAGAUAGAGUACCAUGGGCUAAAGCUCGUCAAGCGUAUUUUAGCCGUGGGAAGAACAAACAGUCCUUAGAUGCUGUUGAAAAAGCAGCAUUUUUUGUGACAUUGGAUGACAUCGAGCAGGGGUACAGGAAGGAGGAUCCAGUGAGGUCACUAGACACAUAUGCAAAAUCCUUAAUGCACGGCAGAUGUUACGACAGGUGGUUUGAUAAAACAUUCACUCUUGUAGUAUUCAAAAACGGCAGAGUGGGGCUGAAUGCUGAGCACUCUUGGGCAGAUGCUCCUAUUGUGGGACACCUGUGGGAGAACGUAAUGGCCACUGAGUAUCUUGAACUGGGCUAUUCGGAAGAUGGGCACUGCAAAGGAGACUCCAACCAAAAUAUUCCUAUUCCUACCAAACUACAGUGGGAAAUUCCAGAAGAAUGUCAAGAAGUGAUUGAGAGAUCCCUGCGCACCGCCACAGCUCUUGCAGAUGAUGUGGACUUCUAUUCGUUUUUCUUUGAUGCUUUUGGGAAGGGACUAAUAAAGAAAGCAAAAACCAGCCCCGAUGCCUUCGUGCAACUUGCCCUGCAGCUUGCUCACUAUCGGGACAUGGGAAAAUUUUCUUUAACAUACGAAGCCUCAAUGACACGCUUGUUCAGAGAAGGCAGGACCGAAACUGUUCGUUCAUGUACUGUUGAAUCAUGUAACUUUGUUCGAACCAUGGAAGACCCAACCGAAAGUAAAGACAACAAGCUGAAGUUCUUUCGCCUUGCUGCUGCCAAACAUCAGCACUUGUAUCGUCUUGCCAUGACUGGUGCUGGCAUUGACCGCCAUCUGUUCUGCCUGUAUGUCGUGUCCAAGUACCUUGCUGUAGAUUCUCCUUUCCUUAAGGAAGUGUUGUCAGAGCCCUGGAGGCUGUCAACAAGUCAGACGCCACAGCAGCACAUUGAUCUAAAGAAGAACCCCGAGAUGUUAUCCUGUGGUGGAGGCUUCGGACCGGUGGCUGAUGAUGGUUAUGGUGUUUCUUAUAUUAUCUUGGAUGAAAAUUCCAUCCAUUUCCAUGUCUCCAGCAAAAUAUCUUGUCCUGAGACGGAUUCUCAUCGUUUCGGCAAAAACAUCCAAAAAGCGAUGGUUGACAUCAUGGGUUUAUUUAACCUUCGUAUAAACUGUACCAAGUGA